AUAAUAUCAAAAUAAAAUCGAUGACAGCAAGCAACUACUCAGUCAAAACUAUGACUGAACUUCUUCGAAACAAAAUAUCUACUACAACACAGAAUAGUAUAUCAAGUCAAGAAACCCAGUUAGAUUAUACAUAUGA